CAGACCAGACUGACAGGAAUAGAAGGAGGAGUAGUAGAAAAGAAAGAAAGGAGGGAGGUAAAUCAGACAUAAAACAUCAGAGAGGCCAAAUAGUCACGCUCUCUGGAUACAGAGUGACAACAGAAGGUGAGGGAGCUAACAGGUGAAGGACUGCAAGAAAGUAGAGUUAUGAUGCAAAGGACAGUGAAGUCACUCUUCUUUUUGGUAAUCUUUCUCAUCUGUUUGGCGAGCAUGCUGAGAACUCUCAUCUGGUCCAUGGUUGACAAUAACACCAUGGCACCUUUCAAGCCACCUCACCGCAAGAAACAACACCCUGGGCCUGCUGAACUCUGUGAAGGCUGCAAGGUGGCCAUUGAAAAAGUAAAAAAUGUAACCUCUCAAACCUUGAAGAAGAACGAGUACAAUUUCGAAAAAUUAAGAUUACAGCUGAAAAGCCAGUGCAAUGGCUCUGAGAAGGCCAUCAUUACUCAGGCCAACACUCCGCUGGGAUCCAAAAUUAGGUACGACGGGGAACAGUCGAGGACUCAUGAGGUGAAAUUGAAGACUUUUAACACCUUUGUAAAGGUGCGUCCGUUUCAGCGUAAAACAUAUGAAACAUGUGCUGUUGUUGGGAAUGGCGGGAUCCUGCGCGACAGCGGCUGUGGAGAGGAGAUCAAUUCAGCUCAGUUUGUUAUCAGGUGUAACCUACCUCCCUUGGACAACGGCUUUGAGGAAGAUGUGGGCAACAAGACUGACCUGGUGACAGCAAACCCAAGCAUCUUCGUACAGAGGUAUAACUCUUUAAUGAAGCAUCGCCGCUCUUUUGCCGAGAAUCUGCGUAUCUACGGCAACUCUCUGCUGCUUUGUCCCGCCUUCUCCUAUGGCAUAAACACUAAUUUAUGCCAACGGGCCGCCGACAGCGUUAAAGAGUUUAAAAUUCCCAUGCAGACUGUGUACUUAAAUCCUGAAUACCUUCUGAGUCUGGUCCGCUUCUGGAGCUCUCAGGGCCUAAAAGAACAUCGGCAAAGCACCGGCUUAAUGAUGGUUAGCUUGGCGCUGGAACUCUGUGAUGACGUGCAUCUGUACGGGUUCUGGCCCUACAGUAAUCACCCACAUGGACUCUACGCCCUGACUAACCACUACUACGAUAACGUGAUGCCUAAAAGAGGAGUCCACAGCAUGUCGCAGGAGUUUGACCUCUUGUUGAAGCUGCACAGUCAGGGGGUGCUGAGGCUUCACCUGGAGGAUUGUUGAUGGGAUGAAAUGUAGUUUCCAGACCCAGGGAACGGACAGAGAUACUGUUGUAGCCCAUUCACUCAUGAAGUCUUUUCUUGCAGCAACCUCUGAGGCAAAAAAAUGUGGAAGUCUGAAUGCAUUUAUAUGCAUUCAGACUUUUGGGAAGACUGCACUGAGUGUCUGUAUAAGAUUCAUUUAACUUGCAUGUAUUAGUGUCUUUGUUUUCAUUCAUUUGAUCAGUUUAUUAUUAAGAAGAUUUAUUAUUUCUUGGUUUUGGGGUUUUUAGGAUUCUGUGUUACGUAGUUUUAAGGUCAGUCUAGUCUUUGUUGGAUACUUGUUUUCGUCAUGUGAUUUUCUAUUUGCUGUUUUACCUCCUUGGAGCUCCUGCAUUUUGGGUCCAUGUGCUCCGCAUCUCAUAACAGCAACCUCCGAGACUGAAAAAUGAAGCCGAUGCAAAGUGCCAAAAAUUGAAUUUCAUUGAAUGACCACUUGAGGCAGG